AUGAGCAGCGAGCCGGAAGAGACGGCGGUGCCGGAGCCGGUGGUGGACGCGCGGUACUGCGCGGCGGGGGCGACGGCGUUCGCGGUGACCAAGACGAUCAGCGCGACGGGUCACGACUUCACGGUGAACGACGCGCGCGGUGUGGCGGUGAUGCAGGUGGAGGCGGCGGUGUUCAGCUUCCUGCAGGCGCGGUCCCUGCUCCUGGACACGGCGUCGCGGCGCCCCGUGCUGACGCUGCAGGACGACUCGUACAUGGCGACGUCGAGGUGGCAGGCGUACAGGGGCGACAGCACGAGCCGGAGGAACCUUCUGUUCGUGGCCGUCAAGCUGUCGCCGCUGAAUCUGGCGAGGACCAAGGUGCGGGUCUUCCUCGCGAGCAACGGCUCCGGCGAGCGGGUCCCAGACUUCGUCAUCAGCGGCAGCUACUACGACGGGGCCUGCACCGUCUCCGCAAAAGGCCGCGGCGACGACGGGUACGCCAUCGCGCAGAUCACCCGGCAGGACACGGCGGGCGGCGCGCUGCUGGGGCGGCACACGUACACGGCGAGGGUCAACCCAGGCGUCGACCAGGCGUUCAUCAUCUCGCUCGCCGUGAUUUUGGACGAAAUGUACCACUAGCGCCGUAACUCUGAACUAAGGAAUAGCUGCCGCCAGUUACAUUUGCUGAACUUGUUUUCUUCAAUAAUUUCGUUUUCGUCAAACAACGUCACAUGUAAAGUU